AUGGAAAAUUCUAUUAAAGUUUCUGGAGGAAAAGUUAACGAAGGAAAAGCCGAGAUUUUGGUCGAGGAGACUAAUGUUUUUUACAAUCCCGUGCAGGAGUUUAACCGCGAUCUCAGCAUUGCAGUGCUGAGUUUGUUUGCUAAGGAUAAGUAUGAGGAGAAUUGCAAGAAAGCUGGUGAUAAUAAAGAUGGAGCGGAGAAAACUGAUGGUGAUACUGUUGACAUAAAACCUGGAGAUAAAACUGAGAAUGGAAUAUCAGUAUUGGAAGCAUUAUCAGCGACAGGAUUACGAAGUAUCCGCUACGCUAAAGAAGUUCCCUACUUAAAACAAAUAAUAGCGAAUGAUAUAUCAGCCAAAGCCGCUGAAAGUAUUAAAAAAAACAUAAUACACAAUAAAGUAGAGCAUUUAGUAACAGCUAGUCAACAAGACGCUACAAUGCUGAUGUACCAAUCAAGACAAACACGGUUCGACGCUAUUGAUCUAGAUCCUUAUGGAUGUCCAUCGAUAUUCUUGGACAGCGCGGUCCAGUCUGUAAGCAAUGGCGGCCUGUUACUAAUUACAGCAACAGAUAUGGCUGUGCUUGCCGGUAAUUCUCCAGAGACCUGUUACGUUAAAUAUGGAGCUACCUCGCUAAAGUCCAAAGCUUGUCACGAAUUAGCCUUAAGAAUAUUAUUGCAACACAUCGCCGCUCAUGCUGGCCGCUACGGUCGUUACAUCGAGCCUCUGCUCUCUGUCAGCGUUGAUUUUUACAUCAGAGUAUUCGUCCGCGUUUUUACUAGCCAAAAAAAAUGCAAAGACAAUACCACAAAGCUAGGAAUGGUUUACCAGUGCACUGGCUGCGAGACUAUGACACUAGGACCACUUGGUAUCAGAGUUAAUAAGGCUCAUAAACUACCUCAGUCUCCGCCCGUUGGUCAAUUGCUUUUAAAUUCCAUUGAUGAAAAUCAUGCCGAGCUUGGAACUGUCAAGAGACUUGAAGGAGUUUUGAAUGUUGUUGAUGAAGAAUUAGAAACACCGCUUUAUUAUGUGCUGGAUAGAUUGAUGUCUAUAGUAAGAUGCGACACACCCUCGAUGAUUAAAUUUCGAUCAGCGAUACUAAAUGCUGGUUACAAAGUAUCGAUAUCGCAUGCACAUAAAUUAUCGAUAAAAACUGACGCACCAAUGGAAGUAAUAUGGGACAUAGUACGCGCUUGGGAGAAGAUCCAUCCGGCAAAACGUGAUAGACUGGACAAAAAUAGUGCAGCCUUGGCAAUCCUAUCCGCAGAACCAACAACAGCUGACGUUUCAUUUGAUUUACAUCCUUCAGCGAAUCCAAUGUCACGUCAGAAACACAUGACGAGGUUUCAAUUGAAUCCCACGUCUUACUGGGGACCCGGCACUAAAUCCACUACCAUGAUCAACUCAAAUGAGACAACAGCCAAGAGAUUAAAGAACCAAAACAAGCGUUCGAAGAAAUCAAUGAACGAGCAAGAAGACAAUCAGGCAAUUGAUAGUCCAAUAAUUGAAAGUGACUCACCGCCUAACUACCUAUCAGGAACUGAGCCGAUAGACGGCGUUCUGUUGGUCGACCAGGACUACGUGAACAGCGGUCGCCGAAUAUGGGGCCAGCUGGUGUGCAAUUUUCGGUACGGCCGCGAGGAAGACGAACCUUGCACUGUAGUGAGAAAAGACUUCUUGUUAAGCCCGGGAGAGCUUGAGCUGGAGGUGACUCUUGAUAAGCAGAUUUACCACCACGGCGAGAGCAUCGCUGUCAAUAUUUCCGUCAGAAAUAACAGCAAUAAGGUUGUUAAGAAGAUCAAAGCUCUGGUCCAGCAGGGCAUUGAUGUGGUCAUCUUCCAAAAUGGCCAGUUUAGAACUGUGAUUGAUGCUAUUGAGAUGCAAGACGGAUGUCCCAUCAGUCCUGGGUCCACUCUGCAGAAGGUGAUAUAUCUGAAACCAGAGUUGGAGAAUAAUAAACACAGAAGGGGAAUUGCGCUUGAUGGAAGACUUAAAAGAGAAGAAGAUGAGCUGGCUUCCAGCACUCUUAUUACCACUCCUGAUGUCAGGGAUUCUUUUGGAAUAAUUGUGUCUUAUGCUGUCAAGGUCAAGCUGUACUUGGGGGCUCUCGGAGGUGAACUCUGCGCGGAAUUGCCAUUUAUUUUGAUGCGCCAGAAGUCCAAUGAACGCGUCAAGCUCAUGCCUUCGGAGAAUUUCAAUGUUGAAGAACUGCAAUCAGAUGAAAAAUGUGUCAAAGAAUAA